GUCGAUGGUUGGUGUUAACUCUUAUGGAGGUUCCAAUCAUACGGCCAAAACCUACCCUGGUUACGGAACGGAGUGGGUUUACUUCCCAGAUGGAGAUGGCGUGCCUCACUUCGUUAAUUUGACCAACACGACUGAUCGGAAACCGUUACGUGUUGGUCAAACUAUGCAUAUUCAAUACAGAUUAUACAUCAGGGGAUUAUCCAACUACAUAAAACUAAACGCAUCAGCACAACAACCCGACCGUAGAAACAUUACCACACUGUUGUCUAACAAACCCGUAAAAUUGGUAACACACGGCUGGAUGGCAUCUGCUGAAGACGGCGUGGUGAUGACCAUCAAGAAUGCUUACUUGAAAAAUAAAGAUGUGGCAGUAAUAGCAGUCGACUGGAGUUAUACGGCGAACGACUAUAACUAUCCGUUAGUAGCGAGGAGCAUAGGAGACGUAGGGACACGCGUUGGACAAUUUUUAGACGUGUUCUGUGACAUGUAUAAUAUUUCCGGCGACAGAUUGCAUUUAAUCGGACACAGCCUAGGAGCACAUCUGAUGGGUAUCACUGCGUCGAAAGCUAAUGUGACAGUAGGAAGAGUCACCGGCCUUGAUCCAGCACGACCUCUCUUCGAGUAUCCAAAUACACUGAAAACGUUGCCCCUGACCUCAUCAGUUGCGGUGUUCGUAGACGUGAUACACACGUGUGGUGGAGCCCUGGGCAUCCAAAAUAACAGUGGCCAUGCUGAUUUUUACCCCAACGGCGGUAAAUCACCACAACCUGGUUGUGACAGUGGUGACAUUCCAGAGUCAUGUAGUCAUUCGGGAGCCCACAUGUAUUUUUCGGAAUCCAUUGGUAAUCCUACUGGUUUUCCUGCUUGCCGAAGCAAAAAUUGGAUGGAAUAUUUAAAUGGCACUGAAUGUAAACAGCAGACAUAUAUGGGAGAGAAUGCCGAUAGAAAUUCAAAAGGGCAAUAUUACUUAAAAACAAAUGCAAAAGCACCCUUCGCUACUAAUAAUCAAAAUUUUGAGAUGUAAAUAAAGACAUUCUUUAGACAUCCCGAGCUUGUUUCCAAG